AUGUUCAAAUACCUCCUCGCCGACAGUCGCCCCUUUCAACGUGAGAAAACCCUACACUGGCCUCAAAGUCAGUCACGAGUGGCGGCAUCAGUUCCUGUCAAACCCAAGAGCCGUCCUUUGCCCACCAUCGCCAAUGCUUUGGCGGAUUUUGAGCUGUUGGAAGAAUGGAGUGAGGUCGGUUCCGAGGAACUACAAGACCUGCUGCUGGGCACAGAGAAUUGUGGAUGCUGUUCGCUUUAUGCAGUGGACUGUGUUGAGCAUUGGCUCUAUUUUGUCUUUACCAAGCCAGAGGACGUGGAAAGUGUCUACCGGGCUCCUUUCUUGUACGGGGGUCAACAAAUGAAUGCUGAUAAGCUGAUCAGGUGUCCGGUAGAAACAGCACAAGACAUUGUUUCUCAGAGGGUGGUCAAAAGCAUCAAUCUACCUCGCUUAAGUUUCAUCUUUGGGGUUCCCCGGUCCGGGACCACACUGCUUUGCAAGAUAGUCCACGCCGCAGGAGCAUACUUCCAAAAUGACCUCCGCAUUGUAUCUCUGUCCGAACCCGAUGUCCUUUCAGAACUUGUCCGAGUCAGGUCCCCUGGCGGCAGUAACGAUGAUUUGAUUGUGGACUAUCUAGAGCUUAUGCUGCCUUGGAUCUGCCGUGGCUUGGACGGGGCUUCUUUGAUUCCUCUCCUCCAAGGUGAUGCCCAGAAGGACCCACCAACAGUCUUCGUCAUCAAGCCCCGUAGUGAAGUGAGUCACAUUAUUGACUUGAUUCAGCGCGCCUAUUCGCGAUUGGUGGCCGGCAAAUGGAUUCAACAUGACACAGCAGAGCGGACAAUCCCUUGCAUUGUAUCGCUUCGUCAAUGUAGUGGUGUAGUCAAGAGCAUGGCCAAGCUAAUGAGCCGGGACAUUCAGCAAGCCAUGGCAUUGACACUCGAGGAAGGAACUGUGGAAGAUCUAAAACGUCAAAUUCCUGUUUUGGCAAGGCAGUAUUCCCAACAAGACGAAAUGGACGAGACUGUUGUAUCGGGAAUUGAAAUUGUGACAGGCAUGUGGUGUUCUUGUGUGGAGAGUUGUGAGAAGUACGUUGCUAACCAUUCGUCUGUGACGGUUCAGUAUGAUGAAUGGAGUCGAGAUCCGAGAAAUCACAUUGACACCAUGUUGAGGCAUCUGAAGUGCACAAUUACUGAAACCGAUGAAGCAUUGAUAGAAGCAUGUUUAAAAGCGAUGGACGAGGAUUCCCAGGCCGGGACCAACAUGAGCGGGCAAGGCAGGACGCUUCAAAAUUGGACUGCGGAACAUGACGAGGACGUGGAAAGGGCAUUGGCAAAGAUGAGAUGA